UUCACAGAUCUCUAAACAAUAAGGAUUGGGUAAAGCGUGGCACGUUGCUGACAAAUUUGGUUUGGUGUUAGUGAAAAGCGUCGCCUGCCUAAAUGAAUGACCGUCAAUAUGUCUAUCGACUUCAAGCUAUACUUUUUAAAGCAUAUACUUCUUACCUUGUAUAUCAAGUCAUUAUAUAUUAAUAUAUAUAUCAUUAUAUUUGCAUUUACUGGAAACAGCAAGCUCAUGUUUUUUUUUUACAAUCAGGCAAACGCAUGGGCAUCUAUUACUACGUGCAUUUGUGCUGGCGGAUAAACUUGUCAAUGUUGAGUUGGCAGUUUGGCUUCAGCGUUAAUGACUUUUUCUGUCCUCACUGAUUUCUUUUAAGAGCUAACUUCACCUGCGCUUUAUAUAUUUUAAGUUUAAGCGUAUGAAGACACCGUUUAAAGCCACUAGUUUGCUGUCGGUCACGUUGUGUGUUUGUACGGUCGCCACGCAGCGGUGCAGCAGCAAUCUGGGUUCACCUCAGUCCUUGUACAUCUUGGGGCUGCACUCAGAUCAACUCUGAGAUUUAAAAAAAACUUUUUAAAAUAUAUUUUUUAUCAGGCGUGCUGAGGGAACGGAUGAAGCUGUUGUCAUGACGAUGAGGAAAGUAAACGUGGUCAUCCUUUUGCUGCUUGCUGUGGCCUUCCUGAUCAUAGUUCAACGAAAUCUCCUCAACCUCAGUGACAUUUUACACAAGGAAAACCCAGAUGCAGGGAUGAUUCUUCCCUUCGAAACUGAGUUGUCGCCGGAGCUCAGUUUAGAGUUGGUGAGGAAAGGAGAGGAGAUCCCUGUCCUCAUCACUGCUGCUGAGGAAAGACUCGGGGCUGUGGUUGCUGCCAUGAACAGUGUCUACCAGAACAGUAAAGCCAAUGUCGUGUUCACCAUAGUGACUCUGAAUGACACGGUGGAUUAUCUAAAUAUGUGGCUUAGUAAGACACGACUUAAAAAUGUCAAAUAUAAGAUUGUUAUUUUCAAGCCUGAGCUCCUCAAUGGGAAGAUAUCUAAAGAUCCUCAGAUCCUGGAAGCUGCCAAACCGUUGACUUUUGCCAGGUUUUAUUUACCUGCAUACAUACCAGAGGCAGAGAAAGCUAUCUAUUUGGAUGACGAUAUCAUUGUACAAGGGGACAUUCAGGAGCUUUAUGAAACCAACCUCAAACCAGGACAUGCAGCUGCCUUUUCUGACGACUGUGAUUCAGCAUCUGCUAAGGGCUUCAUUCGAGGGGCUGGAAAUCAGAAUAACUAUAUAGGUUUCCUGGACUUCAGGAAGGAAGCUAUUAAGAAGCUGGGGAUGAGGGCCAACACAUGUUCCUUUAACCCCGGGGUCAUCGUCGCCAACCUGACUGAGUGGAGGAACCAGAACAUCACCCGGCAGCUGGAGGACUGGAUGGAACUUAACACACAGGAGGAUCUGUACAGUAAGACACUGGCAGAAAGUAUCACCACCCCCCCACUCCUCAUUGUUUUCUACAAACGUCACUCCAUGAUCGACCCGAUGUGGCACGUCAGGCACCUUGGCACUACAGGUGCUGGAAACCGCUACUCUUCACAGUUUGUGAAAGCUGCUAAACUCCUCCACUGGAAUGGACACUACAAGCCCUGGGGGAGAACAUCCUCCUUUUCUGACAUGUGGGACAAGUGGUUCAUCCCUGACCCCACAGGAAAAUUUAACCCUGUGCGUAAACAGGCAGAGGAAUAGGCUGAACAAUUGGUUUCAGGAACUUUCGAGCAGCCAAGCCCGCCCUGUCCGAGCAGGAUCAGCAAUAUCUCAGGAACUACGUAAGGCCUUUUCACUUAUUAGCCGUGUGCUUGAGUUCUGGCAUCCUCCCAACAUUUGGACCUGUGCUCACAUUUUAUGCCAAGUGCAUCUUAUAACUGCUUAGAGUGCACACAUUUUGUCCAGAAACUCUGUGCCCUUGAGAUUGCUUUAACCUUAAUAUACAUGUUUGCAUCAACCCGUCAUCAGUAAUGAAAUACCAUGUACAACUGAAGCAGUUGUCAAAGUAAUGGUGGCUUAAGUAGGUUUGUUUACAUGCAGCUUAAUACUAACUUUAUUUGCAUACUAGGAAUUAGUUAUCUCAGCUGUAAUUGUAUUAGUCCCAGUUAAACUUUUUCAAACCCAUUCCCCUCAGUUAGCACUAGCCAAGCCUCAUGUCGUUACCUCAAUUAAAUACUUCCUGUGGAAAAGUUGUGAGUUUUACUUAAUUGCACAUAUUUAUCAAGUCCUUUAAACAAGUGUUCUGUGCUAAGUGCAGCAUUUCCAUCACAAACAACUCUUAAUAAUUCCUUUAUUCUGAGUGGCAUUUUUACAACUAUGAAUUAGUUCAGUGCAUUGACAUGGUGCCAUUUGAAUCCUUCCCACCCAUUAAUUAUAACUACCAUAAAUAAACUGCCUCUUUCAUGUUGGGUGUCUUAUGACUUUAUAUGCAGACCACUAAACAACCUCUCCAGAAAUUGAAGAACAUGUCCAAACUAUUCAUACUUCAUUCAAGAAUUUUAUACACAUUUGAAAAGUAUUGAUGUAAAUAUGUCAUCAUUUGUAUAGUACAUGAAAUAAAACUCAUUUUUAUCAUUGAAA